GAGAGAGAGAGAGCCAGCCGGAUUAGAUUUUUUUCCCCAUUUCUCCCCCUUAACUUACAUAUUUACUCUUUUCACUUACGUUCUUUUUUUCCCCUCUUGUGUUGGGUGGAGUUGUUUUGUCUUUGGGGACACAGACAUCUCGUUAAUUUGUUUGAGGACGGAAAGGGAUUUGAUUUCUUUUUGUGCUUCCUGUCGUUGUUGGUUGAGAUUGGUUGAUUGUUCACCGUCGCAAUAACUUAAAACACCCGCCUACUUACCUACCACACCACGACACACCACCCACCCUCCAAUCCCAAAACAACCCCCAAAGAAAGGAAAAAACAAUGGACGCCCAAGCCUACCUCCUCCGCCACGGCUGGUCCGGACCCGGCAACCCCCUCAACCCGAACCGUCGCCCCGGCACGCACGGCGGACUGGGCCUCACUCGACCGAUUCUCGUUGCGCGCCGGCAAGGCAACCAAGGCGUGGGAAAGAAGACAACUAAGGAUCAUACGAAUCAGUGGUGGCUACGCGGAUUCGAGGAUGCGUUGAAGGGAGUCGGAGAGGAGAAUAAAUCUGGUGCUGGGGAGACGAAACGGGCGCCGAAUGCGUUGACGAGUGAACUGUAUCGGUUUUUUGUCCGCGGGGAGACGGUUCCUGGGACGUUGGGGGGAGUGGAGAAGAAGGUGGAGGAGGGGGAUAAGAUGGAGGUUGAUGGCGAGGGGAAGAAAGAGACCAAGGAGGAGAGACGGGUGAGGAGGGAGGAGAAGAGGAAGAGGAAAGAGGAGAGGGCGAAACGGAAGGAGGAGCGCAGGAAGAGGAGGGAGGCGAAGGAGGUGAGGAGGGCGGAGAGGAGGGAGAAGAAGGAGAAGAAGAGGUUGUUGAAGGAGGAGAAGAAGAAGCAGAAGGAGGAGGAGCGUCGUCCAGAGGAGGAGUAUCCUACGCCGCCGGCGACAGAGCUGGAGCAGACCGAGUCGAGUGGUCGAGACGAGUCGGUUGUGCAGGAGGUGAAGAUGGCGAAGAAAGAAAAGAAGGAGAAGAGCAAGAAGCGGGAGGCGCCUACAUCUGAUGACGGGUCGAAGAAGAAGAAGUCGAAAAAGUGGGAAUAAGGUUGACUGGCUGGAUAGAGAUGGGAGGUGUAUGGAUAGACACAAAACUUAUAGAUACCCAUGGCUUGCUGCUUGGUUCUUGUACAUUCUCAUGAAACGCAUUCUUCAUUACUAUGUUUGUUCCUUAUU